CUCAUAGUCUGGCUGACACCAAACUCGAAGUCCUCCUGUCACAGCUCUCCCUCGCUGUGAGUCGCACCACUGUCGGCCAGGCUAUAUUUCUCUGGGAGCUAGGAAAAAUUACACUUUGUGUAUUAAAAUCUCAGUAUACAUUAGGCUGAGUUUCCAACCAUUUAUUAUAGUCAAAUAGAUUCUCCUAAAUCCCCAAUUGUAAUUGUGUGGUACCAUCGACUCCAGUACACUAGAUGGCGUCUUGUGAAUAGUUUACAAUGAAGUUGAGAAGUCAUGUGAUUAGAAGAAGCUGUGCGGGAUAAACAAAUGGAAGCAUGGAAACGAUUCUAGAGGACAGCAUGACAAUACCUUUUGGGGGAAAACAUCUAGUUGCUGUAUUGAGUAUCCCAGCCAAUGCCAGUGAUGUGCAGACCGCUGUUAUUCUGACGCACGGGGCUGGUGGGGACAUGAACUUCAAGCAUUUGGUUUCUCUUGCUCAUGCACUUUCAUCGAAUGGCCUGCUAUGUCUUCGCUUCACGUGUAAAGGUUUAAACCUGGUUUACAGAGUGAAGGCUUACCAUGCCGUUUGGGAAUACUUGAAAAAUCUUGAGAAAUUCACAAUAAGAAACAUAUUUCUUGGUGAAAGAUGUUUGUUUCUGUCGGCGCGAUGCGUGGAGAAACCAGCUGGCUGCACCGACUCCGAUAGCGUCUCUCCAGUGAGCCAUGUUUCCGUGAAGCAAAGAACGUUACAGUCUCUGAUGUCCCUCUGGAAUGCUACCCUUGCUCGGAUUUCAUCAACCUUGUUGUCAAGAGACUGGACAUUGGCGAGAAGUAUACUAGGCCGUUCUAUGGGGUCUCGUGCUGCCUCUGCCCUGGCCAGGCAGCUCAGUGGUGGGUCAGAGGAUGCAUUGCAGGGACUGGUCUGUCUGUCCUUUCCCCUACACCCUCCAGGACAGACACACACCCAUCGACAGCGGAGUGAGGACCUCAGGGCGCUGCCCAAGGAGGUGCCUGUACUGUUUUUGUCUGGUACUGCAGACAACAUGUGUGAGAAGAUCCUUCUAGAUGACGUGUUAAAGGAGAUGAAGUCUCCAGCGACUGUUCACUGGAUUGAAGGAGGUAGCCAUGGGCUUAUAGUGAAGGGAAGGGCUGAGGAGUCUGUGCUGGAUGAAGUCAACUCACAUGUUGUAUCGUGGAUUUUGGAACAUACUUGAACCUUCUUUCAAUGCUCAAGUUUUUUUUUUUUUUUUAGCUCCACACAUUCUGUAUAAUUUUGUCAUUUGGUUUGAUGAAUUCAUGUGUUUAUGUUGGUGUAUUUAUGAUGUGGAUUAAAUCUAUACUUUUAUAAUACCA